AGCAACCAGUUUGAUCCAGAUAAGGUCGUUAUUUAUUUAUUUAUUUAUCUAUUUAUUUAUUUAUUUAGUUAUUUAUCCUUUCCUGACUGUCCCUCACAGCAUGUGUCUGCUUCCUCUAUUUAACCGAGCUUCUGUGUGUUCCCUCCACCGCUCACCACUCAUUUAACGAGGUCAGCCCUGAGUCUCUGAUUGGCCGAGCAGGCCUGUGAUUAAUCACAUGACCACCCACAUGCUGACCAUGUGUCACCGGCUGGUUUCUGUUGCUAUCUCCAUGAUUCACUCAAUGUUUGCAUUCGGCUCCGAGUUCCUCUCUUGAACUUUGGAGCUCACGUUGACGUCAGAGAGGGAAGAGAAGCUGCAGCCGUGACGUCAACAACAACAACAACAACAACAAUAGCAACAGCAACAGGUGUGGCUUCAGCCUCUUCACAGAGAUCCAGGAACUACCGGCUGAGUGAAGUGGCCCAGCCAGUUGUUCUCCCUCAGAGAGAGAGAGAGGAGGUGAAGAGAAGGAGAGAGAGAGAGAGAGGAGGUGAAGAGACGGAGAGAGAGAGAGAGAACGAGAGAGGAGGUGAAGAGACGGAGAGCGAUACCGGAGACAUGGCAGAUACAGCGGCAGGUGGAGCGGCUCCCGGCUCAGGUGAGCCCAGCGGGACCAGCUCUGUUUGUGGGGUCAAAGGUGAGGGACCCGGACCGGCCGGCGGCCCCAAGCAGAACGGGACUGGGGUCGGGAUCAAAGAGGACCAGGAGCCUCAGGGGGCGGAGGAGACCCGCAUCCAGGAAGACCUGAAGGAGCCUGAGGAGGACGGAGGACUGGAAAACGGAGGGGGGGAGGUGAAGGAGGAGGUGAAGGAGGCGCCGCUGGGCCCCGACGACGUGGUGUGCGACUCGUGCAUCGAGAGCCCCUGCCGGGCCCUGAAGUCCUGCCUUACCUGCCUGGUGUCGUACUGCGAGGCCCACCUGCGGCCCCACCUGGAGAACGCCAAGUUCCAGAACCACCGGCUGGUGGAGCCGCUGAGGGACAUCGAGCGGCGCACCUGCGAGAGCCACAGGUGGCCCCUGGAGCUGUACUGCUGCGCCGACGGCCGCUGCGUGUGCCAGGACUGCGUGGCGGAGGAGCACCGGGGCCACAACACGGUGCCGGUGGCGGAGGCCCGCGGCCGCAUAGAGAAGGAGCUGAGGGAGAAGCACGGCGAGAUGGUGAAGACGGUGAAGGCCGGCGAGAACGCCAUCAACAAGCUGCAGCUCAACACGGUGUCCAUCGAGCACUCGGUGACGGAGGUGCGGACGGUGAUCGAGAGCCAGUUCGAGGAGCUGCAGGUGGUGCUGGAGCGGGCGAAGCGCGAGGUGACGGAGAUCCUGGAGGCGGAGGAGAAGCAGGCGCUGAGGCAGGCCGAGGGCAUCCGGGUGCACCUGGAGCAGAGGUGCUCCGAGCUGAAGAAGACUCAGGGCCAGAUGGAGAAGAUCAGCAAGAACGAGAACGACGUGGACUUCCUACAGGAGUACUCUGAGUGGAAGAAGGAGGCCACGGACAUCUCUCUGCCCGGCGUCUCCAUCGGCCUGGCGGAUCGCCUCACCUCCUUCAGCCGGGUGAUCGUGGCCUCCACGCAGCAGCUGUGCGCCAUGCUGGUGACCUCGUACAUCGAGAAGGUCAAAGAGACGUGCACGAGCGACAAAAUGGGGAUAAAGACGACGGUUCACGAGAUCGUUGCAGCCAAGCACAACGUGGCGCUGCCGGACCCCAAGACACACGCAGACUUCCUCAAGUAUGUCGCCCACGUGAGUUUCGACGGCGACACCGCCCACACGUUCCUGAGGCUGACGGAGGAAGGCCGGAAGGUGACCAACACCACGCCGUGGCAGCACCCGUACCCCGACGCGCCCGAGCGCUUCGAGAACUGGCGCCAAGUCCUGGCGACGGAGAGCUUCUACCUGGGGCGCCACUACUUCGAGGCGGACAUCGGCGGCGAGGGAACGCACAUCGGCCUCACCUACAAGAGCAUCGACCGCAAGGGCGCCGAGAGCAACGGCUGCAUCACGGGGAACAACUUCUCGUGGUGCGUCCAGUGGAACGGGCGCACCUUCUCCGCCUGGCACAGCGACGUGGAGACGCCGCUCACCGUGGAGAAGUUCACGCGCAUCGGGGUCUACGUGGACUACGCCCGGGGCCUGCUGGCGUUCUACGGCGUGGACGGCGCCAUGACGCUCAUCCACGAGUACAAGGCGGACUUCCUGGAGCCGAUUUACCCGGCGUUCUGGUUGUCCAAGAAGGAGAACGUCGUGGCCUUGGUGGCGCCGGGGGAGCCGCUGCGGCUCAAGAGCCCCUCCCCUCCCACCUCACCGACCAACGGAGCUAUUGUUUCCAAAAUGGCAGCACGGAAAUGAUUAGAAGUCAGAUUUCUCGGCAUCAAGUCAGCAAUAUGCGUCUGUCUCCCACUGAUAUAGAAAAUACGGGCAGUCUUCCCAUAUUAAAGCUGUUUAAUGUAAUGUAUUUGUAAAACUAAUGUGAUAAAUAGCAGAUGUUUACCGUGGCUAUAUUUGGGCUCAAGUCGUAUUUAUACCUCUGUGGACCUUUUGGGACUUCUGUUACUUUUCAUCCCUCUGUGAAUUCACGGGUUUUCGGUAUUUUCUGUGUGCAAAUAAAAAAUGUGACUCUUUGCAAAAGAACAA